AUGGUCGAAAGAAGAGAGUGUACUGUUCACAAAAUAUUUUUUGUAAUCUUAGCUACACUUAUUUCAUCAUCAUACUGUUUAAAAGGGGGCUUAAUAGCAGGCGAACUGAAACGGCUUCGUCCGACGGUCAUCAAGAACUUCUCCCAAAUCUCCCCGGUAUACAUCAACUUCAAAUCUGAAGACAAAACUCUUGCCAGGGAGUUCUUCAACACACUGCACGCCAAGCCGCCAAUGAAACGUUGCAUAGACAAACCUCCACCAUCUAAAAAGUAUCAACGAUCCAUAUUUUCGGUGCCAAAAUUGCCUUUUGUGUCUAAUCUUCUGCCUUUGAUACCAAAAUCUCCAAUCUUACCAUUGAUGCCGAGCUGGUUUCCUCCUCCUCCCCCAUCCCCAGUGAGCCCUCCGUUAACUACAUUGCCUAACCUCUUUAAAUUGGACACUAAUGAAUCAGGAAUCCUCGAAAAACUGAUUAAGCUGAAGCAACAAGGCUUGUUAACUACGGAAGAGAGUGUCAGACUCUUACAAACUAAGACCAGCCCGUCCCAACUAUUGCCUUCAGCCGCGCUGGGCCCUCGGUAUACGGUCCGGCAGGCGUACGCUCUAAAUUACGUAGCCAGCGCUCCGCAGCCCCCUCGCUUGACUAUCGACUGUUCUGAUGAAAGGGCUCCCUACGGUACUACAUACAGGUCAUCAGACUACAAAGGUAACUCUCGCUUAGACGUAGACUCGUUCUGCAACCUCAUUCACGAUGUCUUCCCAAAAUCGAUCCAGGGAGGGAAAUUCCUUCUCAUUGAGCCCGAAGACCAGACAGGCUAUAGUGAUACACAAGUACCAAUAUCAGUAGCACCACCACCGGACUUCAUGGCAAGUUGGCUACAGAAACCACAAAUACCACAGCUAAGAAUCCCAACAUUUAAUGGAGUUAGGCUUAAGCAGCGGCCUGGGCCUUUCGCGCCGUCCAGGAUGGGAACUUCGAUGCUACCAACAUCAGUGAUGAGAAUAGAUUCCAGUGCAGAGAGGAUGGAGAAGUUCAAGAAGGGUGUUCAGAAGAUGCUGCAUGUAGUGAAAGUGCUAGGAAAGAUAGAUCUGUACUUGUCAGAGAGGAUGCGGAUCAUUGUUGACAAACUCACUAAGACUUUUGGCGAAUAG